AUGGUCGGAUACCGGGCAGAUUCGAAGAUUGUUCCUAUCGACAACAAUGGCGAUGACUAUCGGCUGCAAAUUAGGUGGAAAUUUAUGAAGCACGGGCCAGUGAAGCAUUCCGUUCUCUUCGCAGUUUCUUUUAGAAAAUUGCUCCCGGGAAGCCUUUGUUACCCGAGAAGAAUCGAAAACAAUGAAAACUAUCUUCAGAUAGUACAGGAGAUUGAGUCCUUGAUUAAUGAUACAUGA